AUGACCGGGCAGGCGCUGCUCCUGCUCCCCCUGCUGCACUGGCUCCAGCUCCUGGAAGGCGCCAAAAUCCUGACCUUGAGCUUGUAUGGGGGAAGCCAUUAUCUACUGAUGGACCGGGCGUCUCAGAUUCUUCAAGAUCAUGGGCAUAAUGUGACCUUUCUUCAACACAACGAAUUUCAUGUUGUAUCAGGCUUUAAAAAGGAAAAAACAUACCAAAGUGUCCUUUGGACUCCUCCUGGAGACUAUCACCAGGAAUUCAAGAAAAACUUAGAAUUCUGUAUAAAGGAAGCUUUUCUGGGGAGAAGACCAGUUAUGAACCUCUUGAAGUUAGUAAAGCUACAUGCAACUCAGUGUAGUCAUUUGCUCAGGAGGACAGAUAUCAUGGGCCCCUUGAAAAAUGAGAGUUUCGACCUGGUGGUGGUUGAUGGAACAGACUCCUGUACUUUCCUGAUUGCUGAGAAACUGGCAAGGCCAUUUGUGAGCAUCCUUGGGACCACGUUCGGAGUGACAAGUUUCGGGCUGCCUGAGCCUGUGUCUUACGUCCCCGCAUUCUACUCCUCCCUGACAGAUCACAUGGAUUUCUGGGGCCGCAUGACGAACCUGCUGAUGUUCUUCAUCUCUACCUUGAGGGACUGGUAUACCCUCGCUCAGUUUGACGGCACGAUCAGAGAACAUUUCCCAGAAGGCGCUAGGCCAGAGUUAUUUCACCUUCAAAGGAAAGCGGAGCUGUGGUUUGUUAAUUCUGACUUUGCCUUUGAUUUUGCCCAGCCCCUGCUUCCUAAUACUGUUUAUAUCGGAGGUUUACUGGAUAAACCUGUUGAACAAAUACCUCAAGAAUUCGAGAACUUCAUUGCCCAGUUUGGCGAUAAGGGCUUCAUCAUUGUGGCCCUGGGCUCCCUGGUGAACAUUGUUCAGUACCCGGAGGUUCUUAAGGAGAUGAACAGUGCCUUUGCUCAGCUGCCUCAAGGAGUGAUAUGGAAGUGUAGUCCUUCUCUUUGGCCCAAAGACAUCAAAUUGGCAGCAAAUGUGAAAAUUGUGGACUGGCUUCCUCAGAGCGACCUCUUGGCUCACCCCAGCAUCCGCCUGUUUGUCACUCAUGGAGGGUUGAAUAGUGUGAUGGAAUCUAUCCAACAUGGUGUGCCCAUGGUGGGCAUUCCGCUCUUUGCAGACCAGCCUGGAAACAUAAUCCGAGUAGAAGCCAAAAAUCUGGGUGUCUCCAUCCUGACAGAAGAGCUCAAGGCGGACACCCUGGCUCUUAAAAUGAAACAAGUCAUCAGAGAAAAGAGGUACAAAUCGGCAGUGCUGGCCGCCAGCAUCAUCAAGCGCUCUCACCCCCUGACCCCGGCUCAGCGGCUGGUGGGCUGGAUUGACCACAUCCUCCAGACAGGGGGAGCGGCUCACCUCAAACCCCACGCCUUCCAGCAGCCAUGGUAUGAGCAGUACCUGUUGGAUGUCUUCUUGUUCCUGCUGGUGGUCACCCUGGGCACCAUGUGGCUCUGUGGGAAGCUGCUGGGCCUGGUGGUCAGGCGGCUGUGCGGGGCCAGGAAGCUGAAGAAGGCCUGA